AUGAUGAACACUAUCGACGCCAAUCCAUCUCCUGACUAUGGUUUUCGUUUAGAGGCAUCAUUUAAUGAACUCCAGUACGAAUACUACGCAGAAAUUCGCCUGACGACCGUUCCACGUUUCAUUUCCGAGUUGGGUGGACAGAGCGGCUUGUUCGUUGGUUGCUCGAUAAUGACGUUUGUUCAGCUACUGCUCGGCAUCUCCAUGUUCAUCUACAAACAACUCAAAACAGCUUAUCGUAGGGAUAUUGCUGUGCCGUUAAGCUUAAAGCAAUAA